AUGAGUUUGUUCAUAUUGGACGACAUGAUUGUUGACGAAUCUAGCGAUUCCCAUAAACGUGUAAAGAUUACUACGGCCUGUGAUACUUGUAGAAGAAGGAAAGUUAAAUGUGAUGGUGCUUCUCCAUGCGCCAAUUGUCAGCGAGGAGGAUUUUCUGAAUCGCCAACUUUAGUUGCUUCUUAUAGUGAUGAACUAGCUAGUGAUGAUGAAGACAUACUUCACCAAAAUUUGGUUUCUCCAAACGACGCAAACAGUUUACAAAGCAGUAAUCUUUCAUUUCUUAUUAACCAAAAUCAACCUACCGGUUCUUCGUAUGUCGAUCCUCCAUUACCAACAUCCAUACCACAACUAAAUAAACCUUUACCUCCCGAUGUCGCUCAAUUAUUAUUGGAACAAUAUUUUAACCAUUUUCAUCCAUAUUUUCCUAUUAUCAACCGAGCAAAAUUUUUCAGACACUCAUCAAACCCCAACGUCGAAGACCAACCUUCUCCGCUACUUCUUAACGCAAUUUAUUCAGUUGGAGCUUUGUUCCCCCAAUCACUUCCAGACUCUUAUAGUCCGGUAACAUUUUAUGAUCGAGCACGAAACAUGCUAGACUUUUUUUUUGACACACCCAGAAUAUCGACUGUUCAAGCAUUAGUGCUUUUAUGUAUGGUUGAUCAAGGAAAACCAACUUCGUACAGACCUCAAACCUAUUCUUCUAUGGCUAUUAGAAUGGCCCAAAGCAUGGGUUUGAAUCGAAGGAAUGGACCCGUGUAUCGAGGCAAAGGUCGGCAAACAAAAAAACUCGUAUGGUGGGGAUGCUUCAUAGUCGAUAGACUUAAUAGUCUUGCUACUGGAGAUCCCUUAACAAUCAAUGAUAAAAUUUGUGAUAUAGAACUUCCCUCGCCGGACGAAGUGGAUGAUCAAGAAGAUGAUCAACUACGAUCACCUCAACAACAAAAUUCUCAUAGUUCAACAUACGCACAACAAAUAAACAUUUUUGUUAAUUUUAUAAGACUUGCACGAUUAAUUGGCCAAAUAAUUGAGCACCUACAAUCAACUUCUUGUAUUGGAAUGUCUUCGUCUUGGACUCAUCAUCUUAUG